AUGUCAGAAAUGGAAGGCAUCGUGACCACCCAAGCGAUCGUCGCCAUGGAUAUCACAGAUCCUGAUCCUCACGAAAGCCGCGACGAAAACAAACCUGCAUUCGAUAUCAAGAAGCCCAAGCCAACACUUCAAAUCCGCGACAAUCUACUGUACUGGAAAUGCAACCAAACACUCCACGACGGCAGUAUCUGCGGUUCCUACAACGAGCUGGACUUCAAGCAGUGCAAGGACUGCAAGAGCCGACGCGGUGUUGGAGAUGAUGGCACUGACGCCUAUGGUACUAAGAUUGCAAAGAUCGUCUUUGUCAAUAACAAGAAUGGAGAGGAGCUUUGGCAGUAUGUUUCGGAGGAAUAGGUUAGCUCAAAGAUGGAUGUCGAUGGUUUGAGAGGAUGCGAAGUCUAUCACAGAAGACAUGAAUGCGUGGCGAAGGAGAACUCAAUGAUUAUUUGCACGCUAGAGAUGCCGCUUUUGCUUCAGACUUUUACG